AUGUUCUCGCAGAUUGCGCGCGCGACGGCUCGUCAGCUGCGCGCUGGCACCACGCUGGUCGUUCGUACUGCCGUGGCUGCGUCCACCAGCUUGACCACCCGCUCCGCUGCUCCCAGCUUCCUUCGCCGCAGCGGCGUUGUCUUUCAGCAGCGCGGUUACGCCCUAACUCGCUCCAAGAAAACCACCGCCGAAUCGGACGAUACUGCUGCUACGGUCACCAAGACCAACAAGACUCGUCCUGCCGCCGCAAAGUCCAAGAAGUCGGCCGCUGAGGGCGCUACAGGAGCCGGCGCAAGGGCAAAGACGCCUAGAGCCAAGAAGGAGGCUGCGCCCAAGAAGCCCAAGAAGCCCAAGGCGCCCAAGAAGAAGGCACCGCUGACGGACGAGCAGAAGAAGAAGCUCAGGAUCAGACUGUUGAAGCAGCGGGCGCUGUUCAAAGAAGAUCCCAAAACCCACCGAGUUCCUGCUUGGUCCGCGUACAUAAGUGAGCACAUGAAGGACGUCUUGAAAGAAGGCGAUGAUAUCGCGACGCGGAGAGGGUACUUCAAAACGUUGGCUGCACAGUGGAAGGAGCUGUCGGACGCUGAAAAAGCCCGCUACCAAGCUAAGGCCGACAAGGCUCACCAGGAUGGUGUGGCUACGCGGGCAGCGUGGGUGCUCACCAAGACACCCAUGGAGAUCGAGGACGCCAAUUAUGCCCGUCAUGCGCUGAAGCGCCUUGGUGUCACUUCGGUCGUCCAUCCUAUCCCCGAUGACCGGCGCCCAAAGCGCCUAAGGAGUGCCUUUUUGUUCUUCUGCAUGUCACGCCAAAAGGACGACAUGUAUGCUGGUAAGCCCCUACCGGAAAUAGCGAAGGCUUUGUCCGAGGAGUGGAAGUCCAUGGACGAUGCGGCAAAACAGCCUUACAUCGACAACGCUGCAGUCGAUAAGGAGAGAUACCUCAGUGAGAGGGCUGCUGCCGCCGCCGCUCAUGCUGCCGCUUGA